CAAAAACGAGGAGGCAAUGCGCGAAGUGGCUACCCCAAACAGUGGGGGAAAAACCAUAACAAUGGACGACGAAAUGCUCCAAAGAUUUCGCUUGUUUGAAGAACAUUUGCGGAAAAAUGGAGAGGUUCCGCCGAGCGAACAACAAAGUCAACGUACCCAAGCUCCAUCUAUUGAGCAUCAGGAGCCAACAGAUCAACCAAUGCACCAAGCGUCGACGCAGUCCCAAUUUUUAAGAGAUGUGAGAUGCUUUAUUUGUGGGCAGCUUGGGCACAAAAAGUGGAGAUGCCCACAAAACAAAAGAAGAAAGCCACGGGGAAGAAGAGGGGGGCAAAAAAAGUUAUUCAUAUAUAUUAAUGUAUAUGACUUCAAAAUGAAUAAAAAACUUUAAAUACUGUUGUCAGCUAAUUAGGCAUGUCGUUUGAUUCACAAGUUAGACGCCUUUGUUUGCAAUAGAACGGGAACCGCUACUUAUUUACAUAUUACGCACAUUGGUAACCAUAUAUCAACA